GAUCGGAUGACGUCAGCGCGCCGUUUGUCAAGCCGGCGUGGCUGGUCCGCGUGACGCCAUCUCGACGUGACAGCGGUGCGCGGAAUUCUCCACAAGCUGUUUACGAGACUCAAGAGGAUGGGGAAUGUAUUUGCUAAUCUCUUUAAAAGCUUGUUUGGGAAGAAGGAGAUGAGAAUUUUGAUGGUGGGACUGGAUGCUGCUGGAAAAACCACCAUUCUGUACAAACUGAAAUUAGGAGAGAUUGUCACUACGAUCCCCACAAUUGGUUUUAAUGUUGAGACUGUGGAGUACAAGAAUAUCAGUUUCACAGUAUGGGAUGUUGGUGGUCAGGACAAAAUCAGACCAUUGUGGAGACACUAUUUUCAGAACACACAAGGCUUGAUAUUUGUAGUAGACAGCAAUGACAGGGAACGAGUUAAUGAAGCGAGAGAAGAGCUCACGAGAAUGCUGGCAGAAGAUGAGCUGCGUGAUGCUGUCCUCCUUGUUUUUGCCAACAAGCAGGACCUGCCCAAUGCAAUGAAUGCAGCCGAGAUCACCGACAAGUUGGGCCUUCACGCACUCCGUCACCGCAACUGGUACAUUCAGGCCACGUGUGCGACCAGUGGAGACGGCCUCUAUGAAGGGCUUGACUGGCUCUCUAACCAGCUCAAAAACCAGAAAUGAGCCAUUCCAGCUGUGUGUGUGUGUGUGUCUGUGUGAGAGAGUGAGAGGCUGAGAUAUACACACAGGUGUAGUGUUGGCUCAAACCUUGACUGAUCCCAAAACGGUUACAUUUUUCCCCGCACUUCUGUCUUUAGAGUUUCAGGCUGUGUUUACACCUGUGUGUGGGGGGGGUUGCGGGGUGCAUGUCCAUCUGUGUAGAGACACAUUCUGUAGUAUGAUCUUAAGUAUGAGUAUUUACGUGUGUGUGUGUGUGUGUGUGUGUGUGCUUCUGUGAACCUGCUUGGACCAGGGAUGUCCCUGGUGUGCCUUUAACACACCCCUCCUCCAGAUCCUUAUCAGAAUUGUGUGUGUUGGCGCAUCCUUCACUCCUUCUCUCCUCCUCAUUCUCAAGCAAACAUGGUGAACUGUGGCAGGGGGAGAACAGGGGUUUUCAUUAUGCUCUGUUCUAAGCAAUAACCUUGUGCAAACUACCACUAAUGUUACGAGCAUGCUGAACACAAGGGCCAAUGUGUUUUCCUAUGACCACACUUUCAAUACAUUAAAAAAAAAGCACACAGAAGAAAACAAAUCUACCCUCGUGUAUUUAUAGGAAACAAAAUGACAAAUGGUGACCUGUAUCAGGUUGGAAGAUCAUUUUCCAUCCUUGAUUUGUUCUUUUGCAUCAUUUGAACAGUGUGGUCUUCCUGCCCAUCACUUUGCAGUUUCUAUUUCUCCAUGUGAAGGUGUAAGGAGUAGAGGUCAGCAGAGCAUUUGGGCUGGUGACUACACUACUUAAACGCAGCACCAUUACAGACUCCCCUCAACAUUCCUUCUACAUCCCAGAAAGAUUUGAUUAGAUUUGGUUUUUGAAUUAAAAAACUCCAGAAUUUGA